CUCCGAGUCUUUGCCUUGGAUCGCAGCCAGGAUGCAGUUGAUUUAACCCGGGAGAACGCCUUGAGGUUGGGGCUUCAGGACAGAUUACAGAUUUAUCAUCUCGAUGUGAUGAAACAUGCAGAAGCUGUGUUAAGGCUCUGUGGGUCCGUUUCAGCUUUGGUCAGUAACCCUCCGUACCUGUUUUCAGAAGAUAUGAUGUCACUGGAGCCAGAAAUUUAUAGGUAUGAAGAUCCUGCUGCUUUAGACGGAGGUGAAGAUGGCCUAAAUGUGAUCAAACAGAUUUUAACUCUGGCUCCACUCAUCCUGUCAAAUCACAGCCGUGUUUACUUGGAGGUGGACCCCAGGCACCCCCCGCUCGUUCGACAGUGGGUGGAGGAGAACGUGGAAGAGCUGCAGUACUUGGAAACGCGACACGACGUCAGCGGCAGGCCACGGUUCUGCAUCCUGCAGAAAGAGGAGUCAAACGGGGACUGCAAACUGGAUCAGGAUUGAGAAACUGAGAUCCUAUUACACUGGCUUUAGCUCAGGUUGCCUCUGCUCCCCCUGCCCCCAUCGAGCAGGCUCCAAUAUGAGCUCCCAUAAAAAAAAAACAUCUACAAUUUGCACAAUCCCAGAUAGUUCUCGCAUCACGGUCGCACUUUUCACCUGGUAGCGGAUGCGAUCGCGCCCCGUUUCACGAUAAAAAAUGCGUGCACGACAGCACAAAAGCAGACACAGACCUGUAGGUAAUUACCAAAGCUUUUCUUAGAACGCUCCCUCUCAGAAUCACCCUCACUCCUCCCAGGAAGCAUUCAGUGGUUCUGUGAAUCCKCUGAUGAAUGGGUCCUCCCCUCCGCUUGUCCACCCCGCUGACUCAGAUGCAGUCCAUAUGCAUUGUUGAGCAAAACACACACACACUUCCUCACACAAUCUGCUUUUCUCUCAAAACUAAAAGCUCAAAGGCCACGAGUCUUUGUGUCUCAAAGGUGAUUAGUGGUGAAAAUGUUUUGCAAUAAGUGUCACAAGAGCAGCCGGCAUGUGAUUGUUAACAACGGUUAUUUCCCCACAAAUAGGGAAGCAAAGAUAUGAACAACGGGCCACUUCUUUUCUCAAAUUGUGUAUUUUAUUAGAAAUAUUUACACAUGUAAAAAGUACAAAAUGCUCUUCUGAGGGGAAAAAAAUAAUAAUAAAUUGACAUAAAAUAUGUCUCAAUGAAAUCUGUGUAUUUCUUAGAAACAAUAUGAAAAUGCAGAAGUUGUGAUGUUCCACGUCUGUCUUUAAAGUAAUUACAGUCACAGUACUGGGUUUCUUUUUCUGGGCUCUUUUUGUUUUUGCACCCAGUCUUUGACA